ACCAGUGACGUAGUAUACACGUUGGAUAUGGUGAAUGAGUGAACGGCUGCAGUGCAAGUGUGUGUACAUCGUAUUUUGGAAAGGAAAGAGGCGGAUUUCUCGCACUAGCUUUCCGCUGGGAUUUCUGUUGUUCAAUGGACUUCCGCAUGAAGUGAACCGCUUCCUUCGGUGGCAGUUAUCGGCAGGACCUCUGUAUUGCUCUCGCGACUUUUUUAGAUCGUUUUCGCUGGAUCCGGAUUUCGGAACAGGUUGUCGCGUUCCCCGACUCAAUGUGCCGCUUCAGCAAAGGACCCCUGUAGAGUUGUCAGUCUAUCUUCAGUCUAGAUCUGCCGGCUUUUCAUCUUUGGAAUUGUUGAGAUUUGAGAGUCAGUCGAUUAACUUGGAUUUUAAGCUGCUUAAAUAUCAGCAGUCAUGUCUAUGAAUGGAGACGAACGUCUGGAGCGAGUCAUCCAGAAAUUAGAAGACACUGUUCUCUCUAAGGAGGACCAAGAAGCCGACUCGGUUCCGUCCGUCCGAGGCGACGGAGACAGCAACACCAAAGUCCCUGCCCGCAUCCGUGAGAUCAUCACCAAGAACCUGUCUGCUGAUGACCUACCACGUCUUGAGGAGUCUGGCCUGAGUCCUUCCGUCAUGUCGCUACAGGAGGAGAAUCGUAUGCUGACCAAUGAGUUGAGCAGGGUGGAGGAUUUGCUAUCUGCGAGUCGGGCUGAGAGAGAUGAGAUAGCGAUCAAGUAUCAGGCCCUCUCUGAUCGGCUGGAGUCAUCUUACAAGACAGAUAUUGGCAUCGAGCGUGAACGCGAAGAGCAGAAUAGAUCCUUGGUCUCGCAGAACGUAGAGCUAAGACGUAAGCUGGAGGAUGAACAUUCCAACUACAAACGCAAGCUGCAGGCAUAUCAAGAUGGGCAACAGAGACAAGCUCAGCUGGUGCAGAAGCUGCAAGCUAAGGUGUUGCAGUACAAGAGGAAAUGUGGUGAACUGGAGGCUCAUCUGCAGGACAGGGUGGCCGAAAAUGAACAUCAUCAAUACUCGUUGCGGAGUACGACAGACUCUCUACAGAGCCAGCUGGAGACGGCCGAGGCCCAACUCAAGCUGAGAGAGGAGGAACAUUCCUCAGAUCUGGAGAACGCUCUCUUGAAACUUGAAGAAGAACAACAGAGGAGUUCCAGCCUAGCCCACGUGAAUUCCAUCCUUCGUGAACAGCUGGACCAAUCCACUACGGCCAAUCAACACCUGACUGCCGACAUCUCCAGAAUGACCUCUGAUCUGUCCAAGUCACGUGAUGAGCUGGAGUCUAGGGAGAGAGAAUGGCGUGACGAAGAGAAGUCCUUCAACGACUACUUCAACAAUGAGCACAGUCGUCUCUUGGCAGUCUGGCGUAACGUGGUCGGCUUCCGGCGUGGAUUCAGCGAGAUGAAGACAGCUACCGAACGGGACAUGGCCCAGGUCCGUGCCGAGAUGACCCGUAUGUCUCGCAACCUCCACUCUGCUUGCUUGAACCUCAACGCCAACAUGCGUACCACCGAGACGAGCUCAGUGGUCCAACUGGAGAAGGAGCAAUCAGAGAGAUUGCAGCAGGAGCAGCAGCUACGGGAUAAGGUCAAGGAACUAUUGGACCUACAGGCUAGGUUUGAUAUGGAGAAGGUGGAGCUCAAUGCAAGGAUCAAUGAGCUUACAGUCACCAAUGAGAAAUACAAGAUCCUUCUGGCUGAAAAGGACAACCAGCUCCGCAACGUCGCUGCCAGUGCAACCAGCGUCAGUCGCGUGACCAUCUCUUCCUCCCAGACCCACUCAUUAGAGUCCAGCCGCACCGAAGCAUCCCAGCAGCAGCAAGCAGACGUUGUAGAUGAAGGCGAGUCGUUGCAGUUACUACGUGAGGAAUGCGAGGCGCUGCACACAGCGCUGCGUGAUAUCGCUCAGGUGGUGAUCCAAGACGCUGAUGUCUCAGGGCCCGGUGAUGGUGAUGUGAACGGCGUCUUGGAGGAUCAACAGGAGACGGGAUUCAUGUCUGAUGUGACACUGCCAUCACCGUAUGCUAGGUCCACUCCACUAAGACGUUCUCAAUCACCAGGUCGUCCUUACCAGCUCCAUCGUUCACCAUCCCCUCGCCGUACCGCCUCACCCUCCAGACGUACCCUGUCACCAUCUCGCUCCCGGUCACCGGCCUUCGCUGAGUCCACCUACUCAGCGGUACAAGCUGCCCUGCAGAAGAGACAACUACAGGUCCAGGAGCUGAAAGUCAAGCUGAACUCCACCAAGGAGCAAAUCACCACCUUGAAGAAACAAGUUGAUGGUGGAGAGACAGACAACAGACAUCUAGAACGCACCAUCCAAGGAUUGAAGGAUGACGUGGAGACGGCUAAACGCCAGACAGAUGAUAUCAGGAGGGAUCGGGAUAGACUCAGGAACUCACUAGAAGCAACAGGAAGUGAGAAGUCAGCUCUGGAGAAUCUUCGUCGGUCCCUGAAUGAGCAAAUAGAAGCUCUGAACACUGAGAAUGAGAGGAUACAAUCAGCCAAUGCUGAGCUGCAACGUCAACGAGACGGCUUGGAAGAUGAGAGAGAUGACAGAGAGAAGGAUAUGGGGAGGCAGAAGAAAGAAAUUGAAAGAAGCCACAAGCUUCUUGAGCAGAUGGAAGGCAAGAACUCCACACUGAAGGAGGAGAUUGUCAGCUUGAAGGAAGCACUGAAUAAAGCCACGCUGGAGAAGGAAGUACUGGACCAGGAAAAGGCAGAAAUCGGUGCCACCUUAUCAAGGGCCGAGCUACAGAAAGCUGAGCUGGAGAUGGACUUGAACAAAGUCAGGACUGACGAGGCUAGUCUAAGGGAUGCUCUGCUCAAGAUGCAAGCGUUGAAUGAGGGACUGGGACAGGACAAGAUUGAACUCAAUAAGAUCAUCAUGCAGCUUGAAGGUGACAAGCACGCCCUAGCAUCUGAGAAAGGUCUCCUCGAACAUGAGAAAUCCACCAUCCGUGAUGAGUUGGCUCGCAUAGAGAGCGAAAAGAUGGAUACGGAGACAGAGAAGAUGGGUCUGGAUCAGAGUCUGAGUCUGGCAGAACACACCAAGGCACAGCUAGAAGAUGAACUCAUGGCUAUCAAUAGAGACAAAGCUGAAAUACACGAUAGCUAUUCACAGGUGAGUCGUCAGAAGGCAGCCUUGGCUGAGGAGCUCCUGAAAUCUCAGCGUAGCUUGGACCAACAAGUUGACAACGUCUCACGGAUUGCUAAGGAGAAGGAGGAGUUGACUAAAGACAAGGCUAGCCUGGUGGUGCAGCUGACUGCCGCUGAGAGAGAGAACAGGGCACAGAGCGAGGUGAUAGCUGCUUUGAAUAGCGACAAAGACAGCCUAGAGACUGCCUUGUAUGAGGUGCAGCAGACUGCAGCUAAGCUGGAGAACAGGAAGGAGCAACUUGAAGCUGAGGUCCAGGAACUGCAGCUAGCUAAAGAGGCAAUCACAGUUGACUUGGCUCGUGUUCGUAAGGAGAUGGAGAUUGAGGUCACCAAGCGAGACAAGGACCUGGAUCUACUGAAGCAGAAACAAUCGCAGGGGGAGAGGGACUCCCAGCUGGCUAUCAAGCAACGGGAACAGAUGCAUGAAGAGGAGAUGGAAAGACUCAACAGGGAAAAGGAGACCAUCCGAUUGCAGUUGGAAGGUGAACGAGAGGAGAUCGUCCACAAAGCCAACCAGGAACGGGAGGAAUUGGUUGGCAAGUAUGAGCAGGAGAAGGAGGCAAUGGAGGAGGAGAUCGCAAUGAUGCAGCGGGAUAGAGAUGAGAGUCUGCUAUUGGCUGAGAAUGAUAAACAACAGGCCUUGUCGUUUGCCCAACAAGAGAAGAAUCAAUUGAUGGAGAAACUCAACAACUCUCAGCGUGAACUGGCCAACGCUUCUAUGGGGAUGGAUCGCCUCAAACGGGAAGCGUUCACUAAAUCUGAACAAGACAAGGAUGCCCUGAACGCCUCCAUCACAGAAGCUAAAGAUCUGAGAGGAAUAUUUGAAGAAGCCACUGAGGCACACGAGAGGCAGAACCGUGAACUGACGUCCAACAUCAAAGACCUGCAGAAAGCCAAGGAAGCAUUGAUGCGAGAGGUCAAUGAACUCAAGACACAACUCAAGAUGGUUGAGGAGAGUCGAGACGGAGUGAGACGUGAGCUGAUUGAGGCUCAUCGUAAGAUAAGAGAAGGUGAUGAAACGAGGGAGGUGAUGCGCAAGGAGAAUCUUGACAUGAAACGGCAGUGGAAUGAUGAGGUCCGCGAGAAGGAAUCAGUCUUGAAGGUCAGCGAGGAGCUCAGGGACAAAGUGAAGAAGACCGAAGCUGAGAAGACGUCACUGAAUCGCAGCGUAGAAGACAAGGUGCAACGCGUCAAUGUAUUGGAGGAAGCCAAAGCUACAAUCCAGAAAGAAGCUGGUGAAUUGAGGUCCAGCUUGAGAGAGGUGGAAAAGUCUCGUCUAGAAGCUCGACGAGAACUACAAGAACUCAGACGACAGAUCAAGACUCUUGAGACUGAGCGAGCCAAGAGAGCUAAGGAGAUUGAGGACCUGAUGGCUCGUCUCUCAGCGGCAGACGCCCGGGAAGACGACAGCCGUAAGGACAUCUACUCCCUCAAACAGAAGAUUGUCGAGACCGAGUCGGCCCGCGAAACUAUCCGCAAAGACGCCUCCAACCUGCAGCGACGCUACAGUGAGUUGGAGGAGGAGCUCCGUCUACGAGAGAAGGAUUACCAGAUGGCCCUGGAGGAUGCCAGGAACACGGAGAGGAAGCUAUCAGAUAAACUGAGAGUGACGGAGACGUCGUUGGAGUAUGCUAAUGGAGAGAUGGGUGAAUUGAAGCUGAAGCUGAGCGCUGCUGAGGGACGGAUUAAUGGGCUGGAGGCUCAACUGGCACAAGUUGAAGGAGCUAAGCGUGAUGUUGAAUUCAAGCUAGGCAGUCUCCACUCUGCCCUCCGUCGUACCCUGGGUAUCGGGACGGGUGCUGCACCAUCAGGCAGCCCAGGAUCGACACUCAGAGCUCGUAGUCCUAGCCCUAUGAGAAGCCGCAGGACUCGAUCACCUGGCAAAGUAAGCUUCAAUCUAACAGCAGGUUUUGACAACACCUUCACCACAACCACGGACGGUCGUGGCAGCCCCAUCCCACGGACUGGCUCUCCAGAUCGGUCCCGCAGCCCUGAACGUAGCAUGUCACCAACUCGUCUCGAGCAGCUGGUGGCUGACAUUGACCCUGAGACCGUCCGCAUUGCUCUACGAGACUUCUCCCAACAGCUGAAAGAGACAGAACGACAGAGGGAUGAUGCACACGCCAAGAUCAAGAGUCUUCGUCAGGAGAUGGUUGAGAUGGAUGAAGACAGGAGCCGCAUCGAGCAACGUCUACAACAACUACAGAAAUCACUGGGUGAACUGGAGGAAGGAAAGAGAGGAGCUGAUGGGAGACUGAGUAGCGCACAGACGGCGCUGAUGCUGCAGGAGGAGACGAUCAGAAGACAUGAACGAGAACGGAAAGGCAUGCAGGAGAAGUUCCACACCAUGGAGCGAUCUCUCCAAUCCUCGGAGAACGAGAAACGAGCCUGUCAAGACAAGAUCGCCAAGAUGAAACAGAACGAGCAACGUCUUGAGGCAGACAAACGCCAACUACGCGAGACUCUAGAAGGCUCGGAGAACAGAGGCACGCAGUUGGAGUUGAAACGUCGCGCCUUGGAGGGUGAUUUACAGCGACUACAGCUGUCCAUGAAUGAUCGUAUCACUGAGAACCAGGUUUGUCAGGAACGAAUCGACUCCUUGAUGAAGCAGAUACAGAUACUAGAGAGCAAAAACAGCUCCUUGCAGCUGACUGUCGACAGGAUGUCCAAUGCACUGGCCAAGAGUGAAGAAGAGGAGGGUGACCUGAAAGGAAAGCUGCAAUCCCUGUCCAUGACAUUGAAUGACAGCAGUGUGGAGAGCAACCAGCUGCAGGAGCAGAUACAGCAUCUACAGCAGACAUUGUCACAGAGUGAACAUGACAGACGUGUACUACAGGAGAGAUUGGAUACAGCUAGGCACGCCGGGUCUGAAGCCAAGAAGCAGAACCAUCAGUUGAUGGAGAGAGUCCAACAACUUCAGAAUGAGAUGUCUGAUGUGGAGCUGCGACGGAUGGAACUGGAAGGACAGGUCCGCAGCUUACAAGAGCUUCUCAAGCAGCGUCGGGAAUCUGAGGAUACCGCUCUGUCACAAAUACAGCGCCUCCAAGCCCAGAAACAAACCUCCCAAGAACACAUCUCUAUGCUGCAGAAGGCGUACGGUAACCUGGAGACAGAGAAGAGAGAACUAGAACGUAGCACUGGACGUCUGGAGAAGGAUAAGAACGCGCUCAAGAAGACACUGGAUAAGGUUGAGCGGGAGAAGAUGCGAGUGGACGAGGUGGCGAUGCGAGUCUCAUCUGAGAAGGGAGCGUUGGAUAACUCACUGAGUACCUAUGAGCAAGAGAACACGGAGUUACAACGUCAGGUGCAGGCUAUGCAGGGAUCGCUGGCUGAGACGGAACAACAACAUGCUCAAAGGUUGAUUGAGCUGACAACACGUCAUCGUCAGGAGACAGACAUGGAGACUGAGCGACUACGCACCGCUCAGCUACAAGCAGAGAGAAUGCUGGAGGCUAGAGAGAGGGCUCAUAGACAGAGGGUCAAGGCCCUAGAGGAACAGAACAUGACGUUGAAGGAUCAGCUGAACAUGGAGCAGAAGAAACGACAGCAGUACCUGACUAGGAGCAGCAAGACCUCAGAUGAGAUACAAGACCUCAGGAACAUACUCAGUGAUUCCUUACACACAGUCUCCCGCGACACCACCCUGGAUCCCGUCCUCCUGGAGCAUGAGACACGUAAGCUGGAUGAGUCCAUGGGCUACAGCUCUGGGUAUGGACCACCGUCAUCCCUCACCGGCAAGCAUCGUAGUACAAGGAGCUCAUCACCAGUCCGUCUGAGUGCUCAGGCUACAUCAACUCCUGCACCCGGCAAAGAAUCCAAGAUCAAGUCAUCUCCGAGGGCCCAUGAUCGGACUGCUUCCGUUGGUCUCAGCCCUGUUGCCCGUCGCUCACUCAGAAAGUAAGACAAUGUAAGCAACUUUCUCCAUCGCUGGUCUUGAGUUGACACCUGCGAGCGAUUCUCAGUAUCUAAGAUGUCUGACAAGGUGCUGCUUUUUAUCUCAGUGUUUGUGGCAUCUUGUACCUGUUGUGUUAUUUCUUAUGGUUUCAUGGAGUUUGAUUAAAAAAUAUUUGGAUGAUUAAGUAGAAAUUACAAGCUUUUUUUUUUUUUAAUUCUGAGAUUGAUACUCGGCUCAGAUUUUGACAUUUUUCUGUAGCACAGUAACUUGUGAAAUUGAAACCAAAUUUACAGUUUAAAGUUCUGUUUGUAGUUCUUAUUUUGUGGAGGAUAACUGAUGUCUUAGAUACUGGGAAUUGUUCGUUUGGUGCUAAAAUUGUGGAAAGUAUGACGACAGUGUAUAAAUGAUCUAGGAUGUAACAGUCAAACUUUAUGGACUUAAAAAAAAGGAUAAUUUGGUAAGAUCACACUAAGGUUUUUUCAAGGAAAAGGACUGCUGCACAGUUUGAAAAAGGACAAAUGCACAGUUUGAAAGCGAAUUGAUUUUUGAAGAAUUGUGUAAUAAAAAGUUUGCCAUACGGAAAUGAAACGAAUUGAAGCAUAUUGCUCCCUACAGUAUUAUGCAAAUGCGAAAUGGUUCCACAUUGUGCAGUGAUGUUGCCUUUGCUAUGCUAAGAAUGCAGUGUGUUUCAUGUCAUGCUUACGUAACAUGUGGCUUUUUAAUUGAAUUCUUAACAAUUGUAAAAUCACAAUUCCAGUCCCCAGAGAAGUAAGGAUGCCGAGACCAAAAAAAGGUUUUUUUAAACUAGAAAUUGUUCAAGGAAGCUCAGGUUUUGACCCAACAGUAAUUUACCACUAGAGCUUAUUGGAUCAAUUUGAAUAUUUUGGAACUGUCUAAGAAAAUAUCUUUUUAUCAAUUUAGAAGCGUAAACUUAUAAUUAAUAAAAAAUGUCACACUUAAUAAGCAAUUUUUUCGAAAGCACCAGUAGACGUAGUGUAGUUUUAGAUUUCACCCAAAUCAAACAAGCGAUCAAAGAAAUUUUUAAUAAGCCGUAAAUUUUUUAGACUUUAAAAUUGCGUCAAAAUUGACAAAAUAUUUUAAUCUGAUUUAUUGUUUCAAAAGUGUAUAUAUAUUGGAGAGAUUUUUUGUAUGCUAGUAGUUGCACAGUGUACACAGUUCUCGGUCAAGAGUGUGGAUUUUAAUUCUUGUGUUUAUUCUUUGCAUUCUAAAAAUUCCAUUUUAAUCAGAAAAUGUUACUCUCCCUUUUGUUUCAAGUUGAUGUUGAUGUUUUUAAGAGAAAUCCGUGAACAAUGUGCACUGCAGUUUUUUAUUCAAAACUUGCUCAGAUUCCGUCUAGUUUGGAAGAUAUUUUUUUAAGUGGGAAUUUUAACAUAAAUUGAUUGAUGUGUAUUUUUUUACUGUGUGCUUUGGAAGGUUUCCUUACAGCUGACUAAAAUGAAGGUUUAAAAUCUUUUCUUUCUAAAAUCAAACUUCAAAGUGCCAACUAUAAAAUCUGUGGACAUUCCAGCACAAUUCUCUGGACUGUGAUUGUAGUGUUACUAGUCUUCUUCAGGGCAUUCCCUAUACUUGAAUAUAUGGUUUUACUUUUCCCCACUAGUCCUUGUAUUUGAGAUAUGUAUUUAAACAGAAGUCAGUUAAUUCCUCAUAGCAUGCCUUAUGUCACGUAUGGUCUCUCAAGUCAUCCACUGAAAGCCAGGGUCCAUCAUUUGCAGCUAUCCAAAAAGUAACUGAUGUAAUUAUUGUUGAAAAACAUACUUGGUUGAAAGAUAGUAAGCAUGGUAGGGGGACUAAACUCCCUGUGACAUUAUUCUUUCUGGCAAGCUAUCAUUUUGAAGAAAUCAACGAAAGAAGGCCUUUCCAAAAGAAGCACCAUUGCAAAAAUUCCGUUUGUAGUUGGGGGUUUUUUAUUCGGCGAAGCGCGCGCAAUCAGUGCACUACACAGCGUAGCUGCAAUCGGCUCAGUGAGAACAUGUCUCUGACGCUGGAUUCCGAGGCCCAGUUAAAAACAUGAUUCAGCAACUUUUGAUUUGGAAUCUAGAUCCUAGAAAGCUGAGCUUAAACUUCAUCAGGUUAGUUGUUCAGCUCCCUUCUUUAGAUUUUGAGCACUUUUGUUGCUUCAAACGAACAAAAUGCACAAAUUACAAAUGAUGGACUAUACCUUUAAGCAAGAAUUGUCAGCUAAAUUGUACCUCUGGCACAUGCAAGAACAGAACUACGACACUUUGUGAAGAUUGAAAACACUCUUUUGAAAACACAUUUUGUCUGGUUCCUUGACUACAGCAGGCUGCAAAUCAAUAUGACAUGCUACUAGUCUGGACAAAAGUAUGCAGUUUGUGUCUUAGUUGCUGGACUGCAUAAGAACCAAAUUUGAGAGCAUUUUUUCAAACUUCCUAUUAAGACAGCAGUUAGGUAUACCUACUUGCUAAAUGAGUAUUUCACUUCUGUUUAACUAUUGUAGCUCCUUUGAGUGUUCCCCAGCUUAGAUUUACACGUACAUGUACUUAUCAGAGAAUGUAUUUAAACAUUAGGGGUACCAGAACAAUUUGUUGAUUUAUUGUAUUUUAAUGUGUGUGAAUGCAUGAAUGAAUGAAUGUACAUUUUUAUUAUCUAUUUUAAUUUGGCCGAUUGCCCCAAUCGUGACUGCUUUAUUGUUUGUGUGUGCUUUUAUUGGACGUAGAUUUUGUGAAAUCCAAAAAUAAUGUCUGUAUUGGAAGAUUUACGGAUGAAAUUAAAACAAAAAUGGAAAAUAAAAGGACAAAUGGA